AUGAUCAUAUUCUACAAUAACUCUGCACCUGCAGCCGUCAAUAGUUUAGUAACGAACGUCGCGGCUUCGGUGCUUUCUUUAAUUGCGGCAUGGUUUGGGGCAGACAUUAUCGCUGCUAAUGCUAUUGUAUCGGGAUUUUGGCGUUUAUUGUGGGCACUCUUUUGGGGAUUUGGAAUGGGCACACAAAUUCGUGUUUCUAAUUUAUUGGGUGCCAACAGACCGAAAGCCGCCAGAUUAUUAAGUAUUCUUGGAUUUAUAUGCACUGUCAUUACCGUAACACUGCUCGCGUUGGGUGCUCUUGUCAUUCGUGCGGAUGUAUUCCGAUUGUACACGGACGAUGAAGACUUGCUUAACAUAUGCGCGUCAGUACUGCCAAUUUUCAUCGUUGCGUUUAUGGUAGAGGCAACAGAGAUGGUUUCUGCCUCAGUUUUGGCCGCUAUGGGUCAAGUACAUAUCACUGCAUGGACCAGUGCACUAGCUACAUGGCUCGUCGAGUUGCCCACUGCUUAUAUAUUUGCAGUCGUACUUAAAGGUGGCUUCAAGGCGCUAUGGUACUCAAUUUGCCUUAUGGAGAUACUUAAGCUAAUUGUGUACAUAUUUGUGUUACGUCGAAUCGACUACGUUGAGAUGGCGCGAGUAGCUGUCAAAAAUAUGGAAGUGGAGAAUGACAACGAAGGGGUCGAGGGUGGAAGUGCGGCGUACAGUCCCCUCCCCACAACGGUCAUGACACCUACAGCUGCUUAG